UGGUAUCAGCUCUUCAGACUGCAGAACACAGAAGAUGGCCUUCAUUGCAGCUCUGGGGCUCUUGAUGGCUGGGAUCUGCCCUGCUGUCCUCUGCUUCCCAGAUGGCAUAUUGGAAAGGGACACUCUACUCCAUGAAGACCAAGACAAUGGGACACAACUGGACAGUCUCGCAUUGGCAUCCAUCAACACUGACUUUGCCUUCAGCCUCUACAAGAAGCUGGCUUUGCAGGAUCCAGAUAAAAAUGUUGUCUUCUCUCCACUUAGCAUCUCAGCUGCCUUGGCCAUUCUGUCCCUGGGAGCAAAGGGAGACACCCUGCAAGAGAUUCUAGAAGGUCUCAAGUUCAAUCUCACAGAGACCCCUGAGGCAGACAUCCACAAGGGAUUUGGGCACCUCCUACAGAGUCUCAGUCAGCCAGAGGACCAGGUAGAGAUCAGCACAGGCAGUGCCUUGUUUAUUAAAAAGGGCCUAGAGAUCCUGGCAGAAUUCCAAGAGAAGACAAAGGCUCUGUACCAAGCUGAGGCCUUAACAGCCAACUUCCAGCAGCCUCCUGAGGCCACACAGCUCAUCAAUGACUAUGUGAGCAAUCACACCAAGGGGAUAAUCAAGGAACUGGUGUCAGGUCUGGAUGAAUCUGUAGUCAUUGUGCUGGUGAAUUACAUCUACUUUAAAGGCAAAUGGAAGAUGCCCUUUGACCCCAAUGUCACAUUUGAGUCUGAGUUCUACUUGGAUGAGAAGAGAUCUGUGAAGGUGCCCAUGAUGAAAAUUGAGGACCUGACCACACCCUACUUCCGGGAUGAGGAGCUGAAAUGCACUGUGGUGGAGCUGAAGUACGCAGGAAAUGCCAGCGCCCUGUUCAUCCUCCCUGACCAGGGCAAGAUGCAGCAGGUGGAAGCCAGCUUGCAACCAGAGACCCUGAAGAAGUGGAAGGACUCUCUGAGGUCCAGGGAGAUUGAGCUCUACCUGCCCAAGUUCUCCGUCUCCACUGAUUAUAAACUGGAGAAUGUCCUUCCAGAGCUGGGCAUUAAGAAACUCUUCUCCAAAGCAGCAGACCUAUCUGGGAUCACAGAGGCCAAGAAACUGGAGGUGUCUCAGGCAGUCCACAAGGCUGUGCUGGACGUGGCUGAGACAGGCACAGAAGCAGCUGCUGCCACAGAAGUUACUCUUGUCGAUCGUGGCCUCUUACUAGGUAUUGCUGUGAAGUUUGACAGGCCAUUCUUGAUGCUUAUCUCUCACACAGGUGUUCAGACCACCCUCUUUGUGGCCAAAGUCACUAACCCUAAAUGAGCCUAAAGCUCCCCAAGUUCUGAUGAUUGUGCCCAGGACCCUGGCAUAGAGUCUGCAAGAGUAUCUGUGUCCAUCCUGGCAAUCAUGCUUUGAUGGGCUGUUGC